AUGAAUCAGCAUAAUGUUCAUCUUCUUGAUCUACCUAAUGAAAUAUUAUUUCUCAUUUUGAAAAAACUUGACAAUAUUGAUGUUCUUUAUUCUUUAUGGGAUAUCAACAAUCAACGACUUCAUAUUAUAGCACAAGAACAAAUCUUUACUAACAUCCUUAAUUUUGUUUCCAUAUCACAAUCAACUGAUGAGAUUUCUUCAACAAUACUCAAUCGAUUUUGUAUUUCAAUAUUACCAAGAAUUCAUAAAAAUGUCAAAUCUCUCAUUGUUGAUUCCAAUUCUAUGGAAUGUAUUCUUCGUGCUGGUAAUUAUCCUAAUCUUACUGAACUUAAACUUUUUAAUUUCAACAAAGCAAUUGUUUCACGUUAUUUUAUGGGAUUUGACAAUCUAAUUGUACGUCUUCUUCAUCGAAUGAUACAUCUCGAAGAAUUAACUUUAUAUCUUCAUAUCUUUGGUGGAUCUAAAUUCAUCGCUGGCACUCAUCUUAAUAAUGAAAUUCUUAUUCGUAUGCCACAACUUCAUACAUUCAUAUUUUAUAUCGCUUCUGAUAAUCCCAUUGCUGAUCCAACUAUUCGUGUAUCUAAUGAUGAUAUUCAACGAACUUUCACAAAUAUAGAACAUCGACAAGUGGCUUUUAUGGUAGAUUAUUUCGAGCCUUACAAUAUGAUAUGUCGCGUUUUUUCACUUCCAUUUAAAUUUCAUCUUCUUGAACGCAUUGGAAAUAACAUUCCAAAUAUUGUAUUUAAUUCUGUUACUCAUUUGAAAUUAUGGGACAAAGAUGCAUUCAAAUAUGAAUUUUUCGUUCGACUUGCUCGAGCUUUUCCAUUUCUUAAAAAUUUAUCUAUUCACAAUUUUAUACCACCGUUUUUGGCUGACGAUUAUCAUCUUCGCGAUAAAGACUGGCUCUCAAUUAUUGAAUAUCCUCAUCUUAUUUCACUUGACGUCGAACUUGCAUAUAGUGAUUAUGGCGAAAAUUUUCUCAAUGAAACAAAAGCAUAUAUACCUCAUUUAGCAGAAUUAAAAGUCACUUAUUUCGCUUUGGAAAUUAUGACAAAAAAUUUUACAAGAAAUGAAACACGACGUAAUUGUGCUGGAGUGAGACAACUAAUUAUUGAAGGUCUAACAGUUUAUCCGAAAGAUGUCUAUUGUUAUUUUCCUUUAUUGUCAGUUUAA